UGCCAGACGGACUUCUCUAGCAAGUGCCACAGAUCUGAAAUUAGAAGAAAAUAAAAAAAAAUUCAAAAGAAAAUUGCCGAAGAUGUGCCCGACGAAGCAGAAUUCCAACGCCGGAACCCGAUCCGAAUCCGGCGAAGAUGCCGCAUCCGAUGACUGGCGGGACGAGGCAAUCAACAGCGGAUCGUUAAGACACGUGGACCUCCACAAAGGAUCCAAUGGCUGGGCCUCGCCCCCUGGCGAGCUCUUCCAUCUUCGCAGCAAGCAUUACUUCUCCAAGAAGCAGAAAUCCCCCUCCGGCGACUGGCUCCUCAAACCCGCCGGCGUCGAUUGGCUCCGGUCUGCCGGCAAGCUAGAGAACGUCCUCGCCCGAUCGGACAACCGGAUCAUGUCCGCCCUCCGCCGGGCUCAGUCCAACGGACGGUCGCGUAAAGCCUUCAUCUUCGCCGUCAAUCUCCAAGUCCCGGGCCGUGAGAACCACAGCGCGGUGUUCUACUUCUCGACGGAUGAUCGGAUCCCUCCGAACUCACUCUUCUACCGGUUCGUCCAUGCCGACGACUCGUUCCGGAACGCCCGGUUCAAGAUCGUGAACCGGAUUGUGAAAGGGCCGUGGAUCGUGAAGGCCGCGGUGGGAAACUACGCGGCCUGCCUCCUCGGCAAGGCUCUGACGUGUAACUACCACCGCGGCGAGAACUACCUCGAGAUCGACGUCGACAUCGGCAGCUCAACGAUCGCCAGUGCUAUCCUCCACCUGGCGUUAGGGUACGUAACGGCCGUUACGAUAGACAUGGGGUUUCUGGUGGAGGCGCAGACGGAGGAGGAGCUGCCGGAGCGUCUGCUGGGCGCCGUUAGGGUAGCACAGAUGGAGAUGUCGUCAGCGGCGUUUGUGGAUUUGACGGAGAGGGAGACGACAGUUAUGACGGCGGGGGGAUCGAGGAGUGGGAAGGGCGGGUGUUGCCAUCGAGGCUUCUCGAAGGUCAACCAUCACGGACCGUGCUCAGAAACCGGAGAGGACGGAGAUGGGAAGGAAGGUUAGGGUUUUCUCCUUCUCCUUUUUCAUUUCUUCCCAUCCUACCCCUCUCUUUCUUUCUUGUUGCCUAUUUUGCCCCUCUGGGUUUGAUGGGUGUAGAUAUAAUGGUAAUAAUAAUAAUAUUUUAACGGAGAGAUUAACCUCAA